AUGGCUGCCCCCAGUAUCUUGGAUACCGAGAGCGAUUACGGCAGUGACAUAUCCCCAGAGGAUGAGUUGCUUCUAAUAGAACUAGCUUCGCAAAGCCACCAACAAGUACCAGCAUCUGCCAACCUCCCGCCGCGCACGGGUAGCUACAACACGUCCAAUGUAGACUUACUCCCUGGUCGAACGGACACUGUUGGGGAGAAUGAUGCAUUGGUCACUGAGAGCAUUGGCGUACCGGAGACCUUGCAGAUUGUGGAACCAAACUACUCCGAGUCGCUCGUGGCAGUCUCAGACAUUACCAAUUCUGAGUCGUUCGAUAAGAUCGUCACAUAUCCCGACUUGGGUCGAGCAUUAGCGGAUGCCGAAGCCAUCCGCAACGGAGAGGGGCAGGGCAAGGCGCUGAGCGACGAGAACAUGGAGUCAGAGGACUUCGAGGAUGAUCGUUCUCCGCUACAAAGGUUUCGGUCAUACCCUAAGAGGCCAUUGACUGUUACCGACCUUACAGCUGGUGCAUGGUGCGAAUUGCAAUACUGGUAUACUCUCACCAAGCUGCCGGGUGGCCGGCGGACCAAGACUCCUGCGAUGAAGGGAGGCUCCAAAAUCCACAAGAAGCUUGAAGAUGAGGUGCAUACCACCAUCCAGGUCGAUGUCUUGACCAAAGAAGAUAGCUUUGCCUUGCGAAUGUGGAACUUUAUUCAGGGAAUGCGAACCCUUCGCGAAACAGGUCUUACCAGAGAGGUGGAAGUUUGGGGAAUGGUUCACGGCAACUUUGUGAACGGAGUAAUUGAUGCGCUCAGCCAUGAGAACCCAAACCCGGAAUUCGAGAAGGAACUCGCAGAACAAACCAAGUUCGACCCGAAACAAACCUCGCUCAUGAGUUUCGUCACACGUAAUGGGAAGCCAGCAGACGCGGCGCCGUCGCCCAGGGUUUAUCUUGUUGAUGUGAAAACACGAGGGAGUCUGGCUCCAGUAACAAAAGCGCUACUACGACCCGCGAAAAUCCAAUUAUUGCUAUAUCACCGUUUUCUAUCCGAUAUUGCCGCCGGAAGACUGGACUUUUUCAAACUGUUUCGACGUUAUGGGCUCGACGCUGAUGAUACGUUUUCCGAUGGAUUUAUUGCUCAAAUGGGAGAUCUGCAUGACGAGAUAUUCCAAGAUUCGCAGUCAUCAGAGACGCCUGCAGAGAGUUUCGACUCGCAACCCAGAACUGGAGUUUUGAAGUACCAGACACUCCGAGAAUUACUGCCACUGAUGAAAGAGGAGAUAAAUCUUACGUUUUCAGAAGGGGACAAGUCUAUGGGUUCGAUGCUUCGGGUCCAGUACGUCCAUCGCGAUGAUGGAAGAGAGAUUGACGUGCACGAUUUUCCUGUUUCCAAACAUGCCCUGGAUAAUUACCUGACACAGUACAUGCAAUGGUGGCAGGGAGAACGGAAAGCCAAUGGCGUAGAAAUAGAAGAAGCUUUCAAGUGUCGCACAUGCGAGUUUACAGCCGAAUGCACAUGGAGGAACGCGAAAGCCGAGGGAUACAGGAAGGAAGCACACGAUAGAGCACAGGCGAGACGGCAAACCAGCGAAUUUUCAAGUACUUAUGCCUCAAGUAGCCCGAAAAACCUAAUGUCUACCGCACCACAGUCAAACACAUUCGUAACCUCAGAUACAGCGUCUGAGAUUACCCUCGUGGAUCCCAGUGCAUACAAUGCAUCAGCAGGGACUGCACAGUCGGCUCGAAUGAACAAUACGGCUUCCAGACCUGAUACUAAUAAUCGCGGCAAUAAAGCGAGCAAGUCUGAUUACGAUAAGAAUAAGAAUUGGGAGGCACGAGGCACUAAACUUCCCGAGGUCGACCCUGCGACCAGAAUGCAGGUAGACGAGUCUGUUGUUGGCCACAACGAAAUCGAUGAAUCGCUCUACAGUCGACAGCUCUACGUCCUUGGCCAUGAGGCUAUGAAGCGCAUGGGCGCUUCCAAUGUCCUCAUUGUUGGUCUCAAGGGUCUCGGAGUCGAGAUUGCCAAGAAUAUUGCUCUGGCAGGUGUCAAGAGCUUGACGCUCUACGAUCCCGCGCCAACGCAAAUCUCAGAUCUUUCAUCCCAAUUCUUCCUUACCCCGGAGGACGUUGGUGUUCCCCGACACGAUGCGACCGCACCACGAGUAGCUGAACUAAACGCUUACACUCCUGUAAAGAUUCACGAGUCAGCUGGUCUCGAUAGUGAUCUUUCUCAGUUCGACAAGUACCAGGUGGUGGUUCUCACCAAUACCCCUCUUCAGUCCCAAAAGGCCAUUGGCAAUUACUGUCAUUCCAAGGGUAUCUACGUCGUAGCGGCCGAUACUUUCGGAUUGUUCGGCUCAAUCUUCUGCGACUUUGGCGAAAAAUUUACCGUCAUUGACCCUACCGGAGAGACUCCGUUGAGCGGAAUCGUCGCUGGAGUUGAUGAGGAGGGUCUUGUGUCAGCAUUGGACGAAACUCGACAUGGGCUGGAAGAUGGCGACUAUGUUACCUUUUCCGAGAUUGAAGGUAUGGAAGGCUUGAAUGGCUGCGAGCCCCGAAAGAUCACCGUGAAAGGACCGUAUACGUUCUCCAUCGGCGAUGUGACCGGUCUUGGCCAGUACCAGCGAGGUGGCAUGUACCAACAAGUUAAAAUGCCGCAGCCUGUCAGCUUCAAGGAUUUCACCGCAUCUCUUAAAGAACCCGAGUUCGUCAUGUCCGAUUUUGCCAAGUUCGAUCGACCCGCGCAGCUCCACGUUGGCUUCCAGGCGCUUCAUGCCUUCCAACUUUCCAAGGGCCGUCUUCCAAACCCCAUGGAUGAUGACGACGCCGCCGUCGUCCUAGGCGCCGCCAAGCUUUUCGUCCAAGAAGAGGGAUUGGUUAUGGAUCUAGACGAGAAGCUGCUGAAGGAGCUUAGUUAUCAAGCGCAGGGCGAUUUAAGUCCAAUGGCUGCAUUUUUCGGUGGAAUUACGGCGCAGGAGAUUCUCAAAGCUGUCUCUGGCAAGUUCCAGCCCAUUAAGCAGUGGAUGUACUUUGAUUCACUUGAAUCGCUACCCACCUCGACUAAGCGAAGCCCCGAGCUUUGCAAGCCCCUCGGUACGCGAUACGAUGGCCAAAUCGCUGUUUUUGGCACAGAAUAUCAAGAGAAGAUUGCAAACUUGACGCAGUUUCUGGUUGGAGCUGGCGCCAUCGGCUGCGAGAUGCUGAAGAACUGGGCUAUGAUGGGUCUAGGCACAGGACCCAAGGGCAAAAUUUUCGUAACUGAUAUGGAUUCCAUUGAAAAGAGCAACCUGAACCGACAGUUCCUCUUUCGUGCCGAUGACGUCGGUAACAUGAAGAGCGACUGUGCCGCCAAGGCUGUGCAGCGAAUGAACCCGGACCUCGUUGGCCACAUUCAGACCUUCAAGGAUCGGGUGAGCCCCGACACAGAGAACAUCUUCAAUGAGUCUUUCUGGGAGGGUCUGGACGGCGUUACAAACGCGUUGGACAAUGUUGAAGCCAGAACUUAUGUCGAUCGACGAUGUGUAUUUUUCCGCAAGCCCCUUCUUGAGAGCGGUACGCUGGGAACCAAGGGAAACACCCAGGUGGUUUUACCUCACCUUACGGAGUCUUACUCCUCGUCUCAAGAUCCACCUGAGAAGGAAUUCCCAAUGUGCACCAUCCGAAGCUUCCCCAACAGAAUCGAGCACACGAUUGCGUGGGCUAAGGAAUACAUGUUUGAGAAGUGCUUUGUCAAGGCGCCUCAGACAGUGAAUCUGUACUUGACGCAGCCCAACUUCCUCGAGACGACCCUGAAGCAAGGCGGAAACCAGAAGGAAACGCUGGAGACCAUCCGCAACUAUCUCACAACCGAACGUCCGCGUACCUUUGAAGACUGCAUCGCAUGGGCAAGAAUGCAGUUUGAGACCGAGUUCACCAACAAGAUCCAGCAGCUGUUGUACAACUUCCCCAAGGACUCCGAGACCUCUAGCGGAACACCUUUCUGGUCUGGACCCAAGCGUGCUCCCGACGCACUCAAGUUUGACCCCAACAACCCCACGCAUUUCGGCUUCGUCGUUGCUGCGGCCAACCUACAUGCAUUCAACUUCAACAUCAAGUCGCCCGGAAACGAUAGAGCCAUCUACCUGCGUGAACUGGAAAACGUGAUCGUCCCCGACUUCACUCCCGAUGCCAAUGUCAAGAUUCAGGCCGAUGACAAGGAGCCAGACCCCAACGUCGGUGGUAAUGAGGAUGAGGAUGAGCUGCAGACGAUAAUCUCUAGCAUUCCUGCGCCCAGUACUCUCUCUGGCUUCCAGCUGCAGCCGGUUGAGUUUGAAAAGGAUGAUGACUCCAACCAUCAUAUCGACUUCAUCACGGCCUGCAGCAACUUGCGCGCCGAGAACUACAAGAUCGAGUCAGCUGACCGACACAAGACGAAGUUCAUCGCCGGAAAGAUCAUCCCUGCCAUUGCCACAACUACUGCCCUUGUUACCGGAUUGGUGGUUUUGGAGCUGUACAAGGUUAUCGACGACAAGAAGGAUAUCGAGCAGUACAAGAACGGAUUCAUCAACCUUGCGCUGCCUUUCUUUGGUUUCAGUGAGCCGAUAGCCAGUCCCAAGGUUGUCUACAAAGGACCAGAGGGCAAGGUGACUUUGGACAAGAUCUGGGAUCGAUUCGAGAUUAAUGAUAUGACGCUUCAAGAGCUGUUGGAUCACUUCAAAGCGCAAGGGCUCACCAUUGUUAUGCUAAGCUCCGGUGUCAGUCUGCUCUACGCCAGCUUCCACGCCCCAGCGAAGAUGAAGGAACGUCUUGGUUGGAAGCUCAGCCAAUUGGUGGAGAAUAUCUCAAAGAAGCCCAUCCCGGAACACCAGAAGGAAGUUAUUUUCGAAAUGGUGGCUGAGGACAUGGAUGAGGAGGAUGCAGAGGUCCCUUACAUCAAGGUCAAGGUGCGAUAA